UGUAUAAUUAAACGUACUUAAAACAUUAGCUCAGACAAUGGAAGGAAAAAUGUUUAUGGAAUAUUAUAAAUAAAUUACUUCAUUUCUGUGAUUUGACAAUGGAGUUUUCUUUUGCUUUAACUUUAUUUUUUCUAGUGAUUGCUGACUCCAAAUCUCAAGAAAUGACGUCAUGGAGCAGCGUUCAAAUUUCAACAUGUGACGUACCUCUGUUUGAUACUCCAUUUUCCAUCUGCUGUUACACCGAAAAUCUACCAAGCGAUACUAUUAUCAGUUUCUCGAACAAUUUUGGUCACGUGGCCAGAAUAGAACCACCAUGUUUCACGUUUUGGUAUCAUGGCGUAGAACAGAAUUCCAAUUUGACCUCAAAUUGCAAUGAGAUUGGAAAUAUGAAGGUGUAUAAUCUGACGAUACAUGGUAAAUUUCUACAAGACUAUGCAAACGAUACUUUCGAAUGUGGUUACUAUGUCAGAAAAAGAGAAUUGAAAAUAACUGUCCUAGAUAGUCAUACCACAAGACUUUUCUUACCUGGUUCAAGUCCUGUGUUGUAUUUCAAGUUACAAAAUGGUUUGGCAAGUAACAUAAGAUUAUACCUACUCCAGUCUAACGUUACACUCCUUGAAGUCGAUCAAGAAAACAACGUGACGUACCAUGAUAAUGACGUUACGUUCAACGGAAAUGUUCAUCAAAACAACUUCUCCGCAAAUAUUCUAAACUUACAAGGACAAAGAAACGGGACUUAUGUCUGUGAAUACACCAUUGAUGAUGGCACCACUAUGCGAGACGGCAUAACUUUUGUCGUUCUAAGAAAACCAAAGGCGCCGGAAAUCAGAAAAUACCACGUGGGAAGUUUUUGGAAAUGGAAUAUCAGGCACUCUAACUUGUGAGGGUACUUCUGAUUUCGCCGGUCCACUUUUCUAUAAACCUGCUGUAGCAGCCAAUUUAAUGACUGAAUGGAUCAUCCCAUCCGAAAACGAUUGGCCAGGGAGAAACGUUGGUUACUUUUUAUCAAUCAAUGGAUCCUCAGCUAACAUAUCAAUUUUUGAUUGUAACGAAACGAAUUUGUUGCCGAUAUAUUGCAAAGUGUCAGAGAAGUCGCUUGUUUCGGACAAAAGCUUUGGGUUUGACCCUAACAUUAUGUGUCCGGAACUAGAUUUAUGGUCGGCUGAUGAGGAUUAUGGAUAUGAUGUUGAUUUAUUGUCGGCUGAUGAGCAUGAUGAAGAUGGUGUUGAUUUUUUAUAUGUUCUUGGUUUUACUAUAUUUGCUGGUGUAAUUGGUGCGUAUUAUUUUGUACUUUUCUUAAAUAAUGAACAUUGUAUAUAUAAUCUGUACUUAUAUUUUCUUUAUUUUUAAAGAAAAGCUUUACCAUUGGUCAUGUAAUAUCUAUUGUAUCUUGUCAUGACAAGAGCGCCAUAUAAAGUAUGUGAUGUCAAAAAAAAUACUAAAUUUAAAUAUGAUCGGUCAGAAUCGGAAAAUAAAAUAUAUCAAGCAGAACAAUGGUUUAUCAACCAGAACCAUGCUUUAUCAACCAGAGACCGCUUCCGUCGUCGAGGGGUUAGAGCUGGUGACUUCUAAUCCAGUUACCUCUUUGGCGUGGGUUCAAUCCCCGGGAGAUGCUUUGGUAGUUUAGCACGGAGGAAGGUAAUCUAGUACUGGUGUAACUCACCAGGAACGAUGGUUUGGAAACUACCUGCCUAUAUGACUGAAAUACUGUUGGAAAAGGCGUAAAAUGAAACAAACAAACAAACAAAAUUAUCAACCAGAACAUGCUUUAUUAACCAGAACAAUGUUUUAUUAAAUAAUGAACAAUGGUUUAUCAACCAGAACAAUUCUUUAUUAACCAUAGCAAUGCUUUAUCAACCAGAACAUUGCUUUUUUAAAAUAAUGAACAAUGGAUUAUCAACCAGAACAAUGCUUUAUUAACCAAAGCAAUGCUUUAUCAACCAGCACAAUGCUUUAUCAACCAGAACAAUGCUUUAUCAACCAGAACAAUGCUUUAUUAACCAGAACAAUGGUUUAUCAACCAGAACAAUGCUUUAUUAACCAGAACAAUGAUUUAUUAACCAAAACAAUGGUUUAUCAACCAGAACAAUGCUUUAUUAACCAGAGCAAUGGUUUAUCAACCAGAACAAUGCUUUAUUAACCAGAUCAAUGGUUUAUCAACCAGAACAAUGCUUUAUCAACCAGAACAAUGCUUAAUUAACCAGAACAAUGCUUUAUCAACCAGAGCAAAAACCCUUUAAGCUCGACUUUUUCGAAGACAAAGUCCGAGCUACUUGCUACAGUCAUGGAUUACAUUCCCGUAUCCGUUGUUGUCGAAAUAAUUUUA